CAAAAUUGUCUAAGUCAGUUUGACUUUUACGAAGUGUCACAUAUUUCCCCUUGCUUUAAUCAAAAUUAUUUAAAUAUUUUAGUCAGCAAAUGAAUGCGCAGGAGGUUUGAUGUGCAAAAAGUACAAAAUUGAAAUCACGACAUAAUUAAUUUAAAAUAAAAAUUUUAAUCGAACAAAUUAUAAUCUAAAAAUCCACGUUUAAGAUGAGUGAUAAAAAUCACGAAAAAAAGCAAGUCCGAGUUUGGUGCGAUGGAUGUUACGAUAUGGUUCAUUUCGGUCACGCAAAUUCUUUACGUCAAGCGAAAGCCCUUGGAGAUGUUUUAAUUGUUGGAGUGCAUACAGAUGAAGAAAUAUCAAAACACAAAGGGCCCCCUGUUUUUACACAAGAAGAGCGUUACAAGAUGGUUAAAGCUAUUAAAUGGGUAGAUCAAGUUGUAGAAGGUGCUCCUUAUGUGACUACUUUGGAGACACUGGACAAGUAUCAAUGUGAUUUUUGUGUACACGGAGAUGACAUAACGGUUACUGCUGAUGGGAUUGACACAUAUCAUUUAGUGAAAAAAGCUGGCAGAUACAAGGAAGUACAGAGGACAGCUGGUGUAUCUACAACGGACUUAGUUGGGAGAAUGUUAUUACUCACUAGAGAACAUUUUAAGAGAGGUGAGAAAGAAUAUUCAGUAGCUUUAGAGCAUUCAUCGAAUCUUGGAACAGAUUCAACAGCCAGAUCCCCUUACACAGGCUGCUCCCAGUUCCUGCCUACAACACAGAAGAUCAUACAAUUCAGUAGUGGACUCUCCCCUAAACCUACCGACAAGGUCGUAUAUGUUGCCGGUGCCUACGAUCUCUUCCACGUGGGUCAUUUGGAUUUUCUGGAGGCAGCUCAUAAACAAGGAGAUUUCCUCAUCGUUGGUCUGCACACAGACUUAGAAGUAAAUCGCUACAAGGGAUCCAACUACCCAAUCAUGAACUUGCACGAAAGGGUAUUAUCGGUGUUGGCUUGCAAAUACGUGCAUGAAGUUGUGAUCGGUGCUCCGUACAGCGUGACCGCGGAACUGAUGGACCAUUUCCGUGUGAAGGUCGUCUGUCAUGGUCUCACGCCCAUCGCGCCGGACGCGGAUGGCGCAGACCCCUACAAGGUGCCUAAACAACGGGCCUGCUUCAAGAUCCUGAAUUCGGGGAAUACGAUGACGACAGAAGACAUUGUCCAACGGAUAAUACGUCAUCGACUUGAAUUCGAAGUGAGAAAUUCUCGUAAAGAAAAGAAAGAGCUUGCCAUGAUGAAAGGAUUCAAGAAUAACCACAAAACUGUGGAAAAAUCACAGAACGGAGACUGCGCCAUCGAAAAUUCCAGUUAAAAAAGAACAGAUCUUGAAAUUCACUUAUUCUUGUGUAAGUUAAGUUUUAAAUUCAACUGUAAUAAAUGGAUCAGCAUUAGUUUUUAUUACAAAUAUUUUUCAAUCAAAUUACGUUACGGGACUUUACGGUUAAACGGUUGGUUUGGUGGUUGAAAUCACAGUUAUAAAUGGUUUAAAUUAGUUAAAUAUUAAUGUGCCAUAAUUACGUGGUCCAAUAAUUUUUUCAAUAUAAUACAUUUCAUUAUAAGUUGUAUUGGUUUUAAAAACAAUCUCGGUAAAUGUUUAAACUUUAUAAACACUCCGCCUGUGUAUAAAAUGAAAACUGCUGUGGAUGUAUCUGAAAAUAUUUUAUUUAUUUAAAGUGUAGAAAUUAUUUGUAUCUAUAUCUUACUUUUUCAUCGCAUGAUCGUUUCAGUCAUAGCUUAUUCUAUAUUAUAAAUCAAAAUGUUCUCAAACUUGUAAUUGAAUAUUUAGUUCAGUUUAUUUAUUUGCUGAUAAUGAUAAUAGCAUUGCCUGUGUUAGGAAUUCGACUAAUUUGUAAUGAAAAAACAUGUGUGUUUUAAUUUUAUUCGCCCAAACAGUUAUUAUUAUACAACAGUUUUUGGGGCAUAUUUAUAGCACCUUUUGCUUAAAUAUUAAUUCUUCUCUCGUUAUACAGGGUGAUUUUUUAUGAUUCCCAAGAUUAUUAAGGUGAUUGGAUUUUCUACGAUUGAUGUGGAGCACUAGUGCUAGUUACGAUUAAAGGAUUUCUUUAAUAACUUUAUCAUAACUUUAUAAAUAACUUUAUAGGCAUCUUCUAUAACUUUAUAAAACAGUUAUGAAAAAUAACAUUGAAUCACAUUUAAAUUCAUCCAUUGUACCCUACUUGGACUUUAUAAUUUAACUGCUAUGUUUUCCUAAAUAGAGUUUGAACCUCUGUAGAUGUACGAAUAUGGAGAUGGCAUUUAUAAAGUAUAGACAGUAAAUGCCAAAACAAUAUGUAGCCAACAUAAUUCUGAAAUGUCAAAUAAAUUCUUAUUGAAUCUUGUUAAAGGCCAAACUUAAACAUUGGGGCAAGGGCGUCUCCCUUGUCACGAAAUGAAUAGAGUAUAUACCCCAAUUGUUUUAAAAUUUUGAAUAGGAAAAGACAAUGAUCCAUGAAAGUUUAUUGUCAGUCAUCUAUGCACUUAGGAAAAAUUGCCUAAAAAGAUUAAUUUACCAUUGAAAAUUCACCCUGCACUUAAUAAUACUCAAAUUAUACUAAAUAAAAUAUGUUGUUUGACCAAAUAUAAAGCCGUGCAAAUUCCAGCUGGUUAUGGAGCAUGCUGUAGUUUUAGUUUUUAAUUCUACUCACAUUCUCAAUUCAGAAAUUUUUGCAGUUUCGCAUCGUAGAUUCAAACUGCAAAAAUGUAACUGUGUCGGAAAUGUAAUUCGAGGCGAACACGAUAAGAGAAGGGUGGGUUAUCGUGUCGCUAAUACUAUAGGAACUGCAUUUACCUUGAUAAAAAAUGUUUAGUGAUUUAAUAUGUGAAUCAUAGUAAAUGAUAGCUAUUGCUUAUACAUAUUUCUUAAUUAUUAUGAAUUUAAACUAUUUCUAACUAUAUGUAAUACGUGUUUUCGUUUUAUUAUAAAUGUUUGUACAUGUUUUAUUAUUUAAUGUUUAAUUGUUGAUUAUAUUUUAAAUACGGACUAUUAAGAUAUUUUUACUAUCAAUAAAAAUAAUAUUUUAGGAAGAUAUAUCUAUCUUACAACUUAAGUUGUCAUUUGCAAUUUUAUUUAGUCAAUCUACAAACUUGUAGGCCAGAAUAAUAUUAUAAUAUAAUAUUACUAGAAAUCAAACGUGGUUUAUUUUUAUAUCCGCAUCUAGUAGAAUUAUCGUGUUACAAAACUUAUAAAGCAUUUCGAACUCUCUCUCUCUCUAUGUUUCUCUGUCUCUCUCUCUCUCUCUCUCUCUUUCUCUCAUUGUAUUAUUUUGAAAAAGAAAACAAAACAACGAAGUGGUGUCUUAGUAAAAAUGUUUGGAAAUAUUGUAAUAAUAAAAUAAACUCACGUUUGUCAUGACAUUCCGCUUCAUGUAGUUUUACAUCUCGUUUCAGAUUAGCUCAUGUUUUUUUAAAUUAAAUACUAAAUACUCCAUUAUAAUUUAUAUUUAGUAAUUAAAUUAAUAUUCAUAGAUCCAAAGAUUGAAAAAGAUAUGUAUAAUUAAAUACUGUUAUUAUUUAUUAAUAUCGCCGAAAACUUUAAUUGAAACUUCAAAUGAAGUACCUAAUUUUUAUUUAUUCAAUUCCAAUAAAUUGAACUGGUGUGUCUAUAAA